UGGCGCGCAGUGGAGUCAGUUGAGAGGGUCUCUUUGCGCGGGGCAGCGCGGCGCUGGGUUUCGUGGCCUCUCCCCCGCUGACAGGAUGUUCGAGGCGCGGCUGGUGCAGGGCUCGGUGCUGAAGCGGGUGCUGGAGGCGCUCAAGGACCUGAUCACCGAGGCCUGCUGGGACCUGGGCUCGGGCGGCAUCAGCCUGCAGAGCAUGGACUCCUCGCACGUCUCGCUGGUGCAGCUCACGCUGCGCUCCGAGGGCUUCGACACCUACCGCUGCGACCGCAACAUCGCCAUGGGGGUCAACCUGGCCAGUAUGUCCAAAAUACUGAAGUGUGCUGGCAAUGAAGACAUAAUCACCCUCAGAGCAGAGGACAAUGCAGAUACACUGGCACUAGUAUUUGAGGCACCAAAUCAGGAGAAGGUCUCUGAUUAUGAAAUGAAACUAAUGGAUUUAGAUGUGGAACAACUUGGAAUUCCUGAACAAGAAUACAGCUGUGUAGUGAAAAUGCCUUCUGGUGAAUUUGCACGGAUCUGCAGAGAUCUCAGCCAUAUUGGAGAUGCUGUUGUCAUCUCUUGUGCAAAAGAUGGUGUAAAAUUUUCUGCUAAUGGAGAGCUGGGAAAUGGAAACAUCAAGCUGUCACAGACCAGUAAUGUGGAUAAAGAGGAAGAAGCUGUUACAAUAGAGAUGAAUGAGCCAGUCCAGCUCACUUUUGCUUUGAGGUACUUGAAUUUUUUUACCAAAGCCACACCACUGUCACCUACAGUUACACUUAGUAUGUCUGCAGAUGUUCCAUUAGUUGUGGAGUACAAGAUUGCGGAUAUGGGACACUUAAAAUAUUAUCUUGCCCCAAAGAUUGAGGAUCAGCAGGAUGGUUCUUAAAAUGCAGAGAAGAGCCUCUGAGUCUUGGGAGAUGAAAACUGCUUUUCUGAGGAUGAAGAAAGUGUCCAGUCGGAAGCCUCAAAUAAUGCUGUUCAUGUUUGUAGAUAUUUUCUGUAAAUAUUUUUCAACUUACUUUGUUUUGUACCUACUUUGAAAAAACAUUUGUAUCUUUGCUGUUCUAGACCAUGUGUCUAGUUACAUUCUUUUUUUAGAUGCUGUUUUUAGAACAAGCUUUUACUCCCUUUGGAAGUUGCUAGUGGUAAAGGGUGCACUAUGAAACAGUAAGUUACAAUAAAAGAAUCUUGGUAGGGCUCUUUGUGAAACCUCAGUGGAGUGAGGUUACUAAUGGCUUCCUAAAUGACUAAUGUAAACAUAAUUCAGCUUUUACAAUGUCUUUUUCAGAAGGGGAACUGUAAAAUAAUUGAAAUGUGAAAAUGGUAAUAAAAUUUUUGAAUAAUGUUCUUUAUCCUACAUAACUAUGAAUACACUUAACAGUCUGAAAGUACUGCCAACAUCUAUUUUGGUUUAAAAUAAAAAAUGUAGACUGCAGGAGGCACUUACACAUUAUAUGUAAUAAAAUACCCGCAGCUUUCCAACUUUUUAUGACUGGAGCUUUUUGGUUGGCAAUUACAUGACUAACACCAAACUAUAAAUACUGUUGUCUAGCUAAUUUCACUUUGCAGUUGAAACUAAACAUUCCUCCUUUGGCUGUAAGUGGAAGAUAAGUGACAUAAGUGGAUGUGACCAAUGUCACUUUCACAACUUGUAU